GUUGUGGGUGGUGGCUAGUCGGCGACCCAUCCGUCCGUCGUCCGUUCGUCCGUCCAUACUCACGUCCGUGAAACGUCUUUCCGCGUCACUUCGCCCGCGAUCUUCAUCGAUCGUGAUCGAGACCGCGACGCACGCCGACGCGCCAUUAUCCGAGAGUGCGCCGCGACGAGAAUUUUGGCGCCGAAAAUUGGACGCCUGGCCGCGUGUGCCGUCAAACGUUCUCUCGUUUGGCUCUCAGUGAAUUAGGCUCAUCGUUGAAGAAAAAAAUCGAUCUUGAUUAAUCGUAGGAUUUUUAACAAACGUAGCUGGAAAAACUUGAAGAUUUUGUAAAAUAUUUGAAAAAUGUGAACUAUUUUGGUAUUGAAAAUUAAAUAUGUGGAGUUCUGUGUUAAAUAUGAAAAAUAUCAAGUCAUCUGAUUGAAAAGGCACGCUUUUGAUUAUCGCCGAAUCGCGGCGAGAAUUUUAGUCGUUAAAUUCUGAGGAAAGAUUGACCUCUUUAUUGACAUAUCAGACACUGAACUUUAGACGAGCAAGAAAAGCGUAUCGCGAUAAGGUUUUAUUAUUGAUUUUAUUACUCAUUAAAGAUUUUAAAGAGAAGGAACUCAUUCGUUGCUGGUGACCGCGGUGUAACCGAGGAAUUUUGUGGCAUGGUUUUACGCGGGAAUUUGACGCAUCCGUGAUUUGCGUGCGUUUCUCGUUACGCGAGCUCAGCCGAGUUGAUUUCGAACGAGCGACGAGUUCAUUUUACGAUGAAACAAACGUAACGCGGGAUCUGAAUUUUCGACGUCAACUGCGAAGAACAAACGUUUCGGAGACCAGUGAUCACCGUUCGCCAUAUGAUUUCCGGUACGACGAGGAUUUGAGGGUGCGCGAUUAGAUUCUCUACAGAAUCAGCCAAGACUCCACAUCCUAAAUAUAUAAAUAACGAUUUUGGAAAAUAAUCAAGCAGAUUGGUAAAACAUCCUGAGGGAUAGAAGCUCACGGACGCAUCCUGUGAAGCAACAGGAAUUCGACAGGAUCUAACUCGACAGGAUAUCGUAACGAAAUUGCUCCACAGUCAUUUCGUUUCGAAAAUAAGCUAAUUCGCUUAACUCGCCGUGCGAAUCGAUCGAAUGGCUUUGAACGGAAUUUUUCGGGACAAGUGAUCACGACGCGCGCGAACCGCUUCAGCGAUGGCCGUCGCUCUGAGGAAAUCGCGAGACGAGGGAAAGAUUAGCGCGAUUGUCCCGUGGAUCGUACGCGACAGUGCGACGAAAGGAGCGUGCAGAAUUCGGCGCGAGUGCAACGACGGCCCGACGAGAUCGAGAGUCUCGUGACGUUCUCGAAUUCGCGAUCAAGUUCUGGGAACCCGGGGGACCCAUCAGAGGACUUUUCUUCGGGAGUGAGUACCGCUCUCGUCGGCUACUGGAAGAGCGGAAAAGAAACAAACAAUAGUUAAUAGAGCGUAGGCGGGCAAACUUGUUAUUGGCAGGCGAAUAGAGCUCACCUCGUGAAAGUGGCCGAUUUGACGCUUUCCAAAAUCGAAAUCACCGCCGCGCCGGAGGCGCACUUCCGUAACGAGCUUCUUUUGCUUCUCCCGUACUUUCUUUCUUGGUCGAUUAAUCGUGCCGUCGCGUUGACUAGCGAAACACGAGGAGUUUAUCUAUUAGAGAGAAGCGACUUUUAUUCGAAUUGCGAAAUCCGCCGUGCGGGAAAGAAGGUCGCUCAUUUGCAGCGGCACAUCCUCAUGCGCUAACUUCGAGGAUUCUUCAUGAUACUCCCAUGGAGUAGAUGAAAGCAACGGAACCAAAAUUAUAUUUUGUGCGCACAUCAAGAAGAAGGAGGGACAUAUCGGAAAACGUCGGACCUUCUCAGUCGCAGAUAAAGACAAUUCCGGGGGGGGGGGCAAUCCCAGAUAAAGCUCCCGUUUUCGCUUAUCUUUGUCUUCGUUGAAAGAUUGCCAUACAAUUCGUGGACCAAGCGUACGCAGUCUCGAAUGAUUAAUCUUUAAUGGAAACUUCCAUUAUCUGGUAGAAACAAACACAUAUUUCUCUCGUCAAUUAUUAUGUUUAGAAUAAAUUUUCGAAGUGCGCAGAUAAAAUAAGCGAAUAUAAAAUGAUUAAAGUAUAAUUUAUUAAAAUAUACCAUCGCGCGCUCUUUUCAAGAUCGGUGAAGAAGUACACGAGCGAACGUGAGUAGAAUUUAGAUACAAAGGCCUUCGAAACUGUGGAGCCUUCGAAACUCUUGAAGUAUCCCCGGCUAACGCUGAAGAGGGAAACGCGAAGUACAAAACUGCUUGGUAGACCGAUGGUAGAUCUACAUCUUGCUCCGGGUAACGAGAUGACAAGAUAAUUCGGUGGAAGGCGAGCGCAACAUAGUCGAACGAGUUUCUGUAUCAGGAACCUCGAAAUCGUGCACUCGAGCUAUUAAACCGUCAAGAUGUUUUCUUUUUUAUUUCACGAAGACCGAAGCGCAACAUGACGAGAUGCGAUCAAGGGACGAGGGUGAAAACUACGUUUUAUCGCGAAUUUCUUCGUGCGAUCGGGGUUAGAAGAAUAUGACGUACUUGGCGCAUAUUCUGCCAAUUCGAAGACUGUGUAUAAUGAACUUAUAACAAGGAUAGAGUACGGAUACGGAUGCUGUGCGGAAGCUGUGAAUGAAAGCACCUUGCGUGGACGAAUUAUCUACUGUGUCAGAAUAAUUUAUCGUGCGUUAAGUUUUUGGGGAAAUUUCUAACAGACGGAAGUGUAUUGUGGUAACGCGCGAUUUUCGCGAGUCCUCUCGGGAAACAAAUAUGUUUGAGUAUGUGUGUACAUAUAUAUGUGUGUCUUUGAGAAGCGAGCACCAACUUGGUGCGACAGAGUCGUUACCAAAUAGUUCGAGAGUUAAUAAGCCUUGUGCUGUGUGAAUAUAAAUAAAUAAGUUCGCGAGAUCAACGAUUAUUCUCCAAAAUUCCAUACUUUCUUCUCGUCCUAAAUCCGACAAUAUAAAUUUCAUUAAAUGUACGAAAGUGUGAUAAUCUCGGCGCGAUAAGACGACAAGUCGAUAAUUUAAGAAUAAUGUGUGAUUAACUUGACAAUGGACGCAAGCAUACGAGUAUUUUUAUGAGGAGAUACAAAAGUACAUCGGUGAAUAAUCGCGAGGUAACAGGGACGAUUCGGUAACGCCGGUAAUUUAAGCGCGAUUCGAUAACGAUACGAAGAGCGUGCAACGACGAUCUCCGUGAAACUGCGAUAGUGCGCCGACGAGUAAUCUGCAGCGGCGAUAUGGAGUGUUAACUCGCUGGGUGACGCCUCCGCGAGAGAGUGAUACACGUUUUAUUCUCCGAUAAUCGAGUUGGCUAUAGCAAGAAAAAACCGCCAAAAUAGAGUAUCCCGGUAGCAGCGGCAUGUACGGGGGCGGGUCGGCGGGCAGCGCGGGCUACGGGGUCGGUCUCGGACCGGGCCCCUCGCAUUACGCGGCCCCCUCCGCCACGGUGGGCUACCAGUUAGGCCCGCCACCGCCGCCGCCGCCACCCCCGCCCGUCUGUCCCGUCACCACAGGAAGUCAACUUCUGUCUUACGGGCCCGACCUAUCGCCCCAUCACAUCCAGCAGGCCCAGCCGGAGUCGAAAAGACGGAGAUCUGAUGAGGAUGAUCCGAGCGGUUGUAAAUAUAGGAGAUUAGACGAUGACAAUGUACAGGACAAGGAGAGAUUUGCCAGCAGGGAGAAUCAUUGCGAGAUCGAGCGGCGGCGGCGGAACAAGAUGACCGCCUACAUCACCGAGCUCUCCGACAUGGUGCCGACCUGCUCAGCCCUGGCCCGCAAGCCCGACAAGCUGACGAUCCUGAGGAUGGCAGUGGCACACAUGAAAGCUCUCAGAGGCACCGGAAAUACCGCCACGGACAACGCCUACAAGCCGUCAUUCCUCACGGAUCAGGAGCUGAAGCACUUGAUCCUCGAAGCGGCGGAUGGUUUCCUGUUCGUCGUGAGUUGCGACACGGGCAGAAUCAUCUACGUGUCCGACUCGGUCGCACCGGUGUUGAACUACACCCAGAGCGAUUGGUUUGGCACCAGCCUUUAUUCGCAAGUUCAUCCCGACGAUACCGAGAAGGUGCGGGAGCAGCUCAGCGCGGCGGAGCCGCAGCACGGUGGCCGAGUGUUGGACCUCAAGACCGGAACGGUCAAAAAGGAAGGUCAAUCGUCGAUGCGAUUGUGUAUGGGCUCAAGAAGGGGCUUUAUCUGCCGCAUGAAGGUCGGGAAUCUACAGACUACGGGCGACAUGGCAGCGGCUCACGGGCUGCACCGUAUGAAGCAAAGGAACUCCCUGGGACCGCCGGCGCGGGACGGCCAGAAUUACGCGGUGGUGCACUGCACCGGAUACAUCAAGAAUUGGCCACCCACCGGUGAUUUUGUUCCCCCAUGUGUACCAGGUGUGGGUCUAGGUGACAGAGGUUCUGGGGGUGUUCAAACUGGUCCAGACGGCGUGGUCACAGAUGAGAAUGCCUCCACGCAUUGCUGCCUUGUCGCCAUUGGGCGAUUACAGGUCACUAGCACACCAAAUAGUAGCGACUUAACAGGUUCCAAUAGCAAUAACGAAUUUAUGUCACGUCACUCCGCAGAAGGUAAAUUUACCUUUGUUGAUCAAAGAGUGUGCGGAAUUUUGGGUUACAAUCCAUCGGAGCUCUUAGGUCAUCCUUGCUACGAAUUUUUCCAUCAUGAGGAUGUGACACAUAUGCGGGACACUUUUGAACAAGUUAUGAAACUGUUUCCAGUGUUGAAGCUGAAAGGGCAACUCUUGUCUGUGAUGUACAGAUUUCGGGCUAAGGACCGCAAUUGGGUGUGGUUGAGGACGUCAGCAUUUGCGUUCUUAAAUCCGUUCGACGAAAACUUUGAAUAUAUCGUCUGCACAAACAUGCUAGCAAAGCCAUUUCAUCCUAGUAGCGACGGUCAAACGGAGAAUGAAGCUGUACCUGCAUAUGGACAACCUGGUCUAGAUUAUUCCCUUCAGAGACAUCCUACCAGGGAUCCGCUCUACUCCGCGCAUCAUAUGAUGCAGCAUCCAGCCACUGUAGCUACAGCCAGUCCGCAACAACCAAGGCCGUCCAGUACACAGAACGUAUAUCAGAGUUACGAGACGACACAGUCGCCGAUUGCUUAUGGGUCACCUGGACAACAAAGCGCGUCCUCAUCAGUCUUAAGUAGGAUUCAAAAGCCGGCUAAUACAUCUCCAACUCCGCAAACAUGGGCGAUUGGAAGACAGCAACCUGUGACAGAGGGCUACCAAUACAGUCAAUUAAGUCCAUCAAGGUCACCGAGCGGGCCGACGUACACUCAACUCAGUAGCGGCGCUAGAACUCCGGCUACACAGCAAUAUCAUGCAGUCACAACAGUGCCUAAUAAUCCUGGUAUGUGGGGUUGGCAAAGUCAACAACAUCAAACGCAGCAACCGGAUGGACAGACCGGCCCUCAGGUGCCCGCACAGGCUCAACCACCACAUCCUGGACAGGCCGGGCCCGGCACACAACCGCAAGAGCUGUCUGACAUGCUGCAGAUGCUGCAAGAUCAAGGCGGCUCGUCCGGCUUCGAGGAACUGAACAUGUUCAACACUAAUUUCGAGUAGCAACGAGAAAGGCGGUAUGCCUCUGAGAAGCAGCUUCUACUUUAGAGGAAUUCUCUCUCCGGGGCCUUCCCCGGCUGUUCAGUAUCACUUCGGGGAUUUGAUCUUGGGCAUCCGUACCACGUCAACAUCCGGCGGAUUGUUCACGGAGAAAAGAGAAACGCGAUUUAACAAUUUAGCACUGCAUAUAUAGACUUUACGCAAAAAACGAUCGCACUGGGAUUAGGACAGCCUAGUCUACCGGAUUAUUUACAUAUUAUACAUACGUAUUAUAAUGAGAGGUUUUUGAUUCAUUGUCAUGGAUAUCAGAAGCUACCAGGUAUGAUCGUCGCGUUAUGUGCUCUGGUUGUUUAAGAUAAUUAUCUAAAUUGAUGAGCAUGGUUUCGCUGCGAAAAUACUAUUAAAAGGCGACUGUAUCUUCAUGACGAUUAUUGACUAGUGCUCGAAAUGAAUUAUAAUGCGCACAGAUGGGCUAUCUACAUUUGGCAUAAAGCUAUUAAAUAUUAAAUAAAAUUUUACAUUUAUAAAUUUUACAUUUGAAAUGAAAUGCGCAACCGACGAAGAUACUAGUAACUGAUAAAUGCUUUCAAUGAUUUAUACAGUUGUAUUAGUCUGGAAUUAAAUUUUAAAUUUUAAAAAUUAAUUCCAAUGAGUAGAUUUAUCAAAUCUACUCCUGGCGGUGAAAGCUAUUUAUAAAGUUGAUUGAUUAGUGAAUGGCCUAUAGAUGAAUAUUCAUGGCCUUAUUACAGCUAUUCUAAACAUAUUUAAGCAUCUGUGCUUAUUAUACAAAUCAAGUGACAUAAUUUUAAUUUUCAUGAGAAUUUUAAGAUAUCAUGCGAUUCGAUAAAUACUUAACGGAGAAAAAGAAAAAUGAAAAUAACAGAAGUGUACUCUAAACAAUAAGAAAAAGUAUUUUUAAAAAACUUCUCAAUCAGAAAUCUAUACACAAAUCACGGUAAUUUUAAUACCAGCUUAUCGUUAGAUUUGUAAGGUUAGCUUAAUUAUUUUAAUUUAGAUCUUUGUAAUUAUAAACAGUGCAAUCAUAAACCAAGACACGAUAAGAAAUCGUUCGAGACAUUGACAAUGUACAAAAAUUGCGUAAUCCACCUUUGCUUCUCUGUGCAAGACACCGUUUUUAGAUAUUCUUAAAGAAAAAAAUAUAGAUAAUGUUACACAUACGAAUAAUUGCAUUUAUAAGUAACCACGUGUGACUUAGCGCGUUUGUACGUGUUUUAGCAAAUUUUGACAAGCACAUUGAAACGAAAUUGCAGCAUAUCAUGAUGAAUUGGGAACAUUUUUCACUAAUACAUAUAUGAACUAUACAUAUACGCAUGAUUUUUUUUUUAAUCAUCCUACAUCGUGACGAGAAGAGUACCAUCACUUUUUGACAAUAAUUAAUAUAUUGGGCCUGGUGCAGGUGUCAAUAUUUAUAUGCGAGUGUUAAGUAUGAAUUCGUCUCUAUCAAAGGAAAAGAUUACUUCACAAAUCCCUUAUCCACUGUUAUAUAUUCCUUUGCACAAUAUCCACCCACGUAUUAUAGCUCCACGAGAAAUCGCGAUUCAUAUGAUUUAAAGAGCGAAGGGUGUUAGAAAUGCAUACGUAUAUCAUGCAAUAAAGGUAUAAAAAAAUA